AUGGCAGAGUUUCACGUCCCUGUGAGGAUGAAUCACCUCUGCUGUCGAAUCUGUAGCGAAGUUCUCAGGAAUCCUGCGACUAUUCCCUGUGGACACAACUUCUGCACACAGUGCAUUCAGGACUACUGGAAUCAAGAAGAGAGCAACAACCUCCCCCACACAUGUCCUGAAUGUUUGUGGUCUUUUUCCUCCAGACCCCGGCUGAUCAAGAAUACAACUCUGGCUGACUUGGUGGGAGACACAGAAAGAUGUGAUGAGGGCAGCGAGAAGAGGAAGCAGCGCUGCUCAGGGGAGUCAGUGAAGAGACCCCGCAGCUGCACAGUGUCAGCACCAAGAGGACUUUUGUGUUGGAGGCACAAUAAACUCUUGAAUGUUUACUGCUGCACUGAUGAUAAGAUUAUAUGUGAGGAGUGUGCUUCAGCUGAGCACGGAGGACACACACUUGGGUUGGUGGUAGAGGAACGGAGGAGGAAACAGAAGGAGCUGGAGAGCAUAAAGACAAAAUCCAAGCAGAUUCUCCAGAAACAAGAAGAGAAAAGGAAAAACCUGAGGAAGGCCCUGGAACAGAUUGAGGAGGAGGCUAGACAAACAGAUGACUACUGUGAAAGUGUCUUGGCUGGUGUCAUUGACUGCAUGCAGAGACAUUACCUGUCAGUGAGGCAGCGGAUCGAAGCUCAGGAGGACGCAGUAGGAGCUCAGGCUCAGCUCUCCCUGCACAAACUGGAGCAGAAGAUGGAGGAAAUAAGAAGAAGAGAUACUGAACUGGAUCGUCUGGCACAGACAGACAACGAUGCCUAUUUCCUGCAGGAAUGGCCCUCACUUCAGCAUCUGUGUGAAGAGGACCAUCUCCAUGCUUUCCAUGAGGUCUCAGAGGAUCCUCUCCUUCCCUUUAAAUCCAUAAAGAAGGCUGUCGAACAGCUUGGGAAGCAACUAGAAGCAUUUUGUGACAAGGAAUUUGUCUCAAUCUCUCAAACUGUAGCUGACAGUCCAGAGCAAGAAGAGUCAGAAGGAGAGACAGAGGAGGGCGAUAUGCAGGAAAGAGAUGAAGAAAGUAUCUCACAGUCUCAUGGUCUCUCUGAGGUUAGCAACACUGUGGCUGAACAGACUGUGGAGCCUACAACCAGAGCAGAGUUUCUUCAGUAUGCGUGUGAACUAACCCUGGACCCCACCACAGCUCAUGAAGACUUGCUCCUUUCCAAAGAGGACAGAGAGGUGAGGCUGUGCCCUCAGAAAUGCAAGAGCGCAGCCAUUCGUUACCCAGAGCGGUUUGUCCACCGGCGACAGGUGUUGUGCAAGGAGGGACUGCAGGCCGAGCGCUGCUACUAUGAGAUAGAAGUGCAUGGAGAUAAGGCAGAGAUUGCCCUCGCCUACAAAGGAAUAGACCGAAAAUCCCGCACAACACUGUCAGCAUUUGGGGGCAAUGCGAACUCCUGGAGUCUUGAUCGGUCCACAAACUAUUCUGUAAGCCACAGAAGUGACAGCAUCCAGCUCACAACAUCCCCCAGCUGUCAUAGGAUUGGUGUUUAUCUGACGUUCAGAGAGGGUACUCUGUCAUUCUAUGAGGUGUCAGAGAGUAUGAAGUUUCUUUACAAGGUUGAAGCAGAAUUCACAGAGCCGCUGUAUCCAGGCUUCUGGCUGGGAGAGAAAAGUUACAUCAGGAUCUCUGAUCUGAGGCAGGAGACUGAACCACUAACACUAUAG